UCAACCCCGGUUCAAAAAAACAAAGAAAGAAUUUUUCCCACAUAUUCUGACUGCUCACCACCCGGUUCUCGCCGCCGCCGCCGCCGCUUCCCCCGGCUCGCCGGAACCCUAGGACCCAGGCGCCGUCGCCGGACGCGCGGCUGCCGCCAUGACCGGGACAACUUGGAUAAUUGAUGGCCAAAGAUUUGCCACCAAAAUAAAAAAUGCUUCUGGGCCUUCAGAUCCCAGUAAACAGAAAUGGAUGAGUAACCCAAGUAAAGAGUGCCCGAAGUGCAGCCAUGUCAUUGAUAACAGCGAUGUUGUUCACCAGUGGCCCGGUUUGCCUAAAGGUGUAAAAUUUGAUCCGUCUGACCAGGAAUUGCUUUGGCACUUGUUGGCAAAACAUGGAAAAUCUGGUAUAAAACCUCAUCCAUUCAUUGAUGAAUUUAUUCCAACGGUUGAGGGAGAAGAUGGCAUCUGCUACACUCAUCCACAGAAACUUCCAGGUGUUAAGCAAAAUGGAAGUGUAUCACACUUCUUCCACAGAACAUUUAGAGCCUAUAACACUGGCACUAGGAAGCGUCGAAAGAUAAACACCGAUGAUCUUGCAGAUGUUCGUUGGCACAAGACAGGCAAGACAAAGCCAGUAUUAGUUGAAGGAAAGCACCUCGGCUGUAAGAAAAUAAUGGUGCUUUAUACGAGCACUACAAAGGGUGGGAAGGCUGAGAAAACCAAUUGGGUGAUGCACCAGUACCACCUAGGCACUGGGGAGGAUGAGAAAGAGGGUGAAUAUGUUGUCUCUAAAUUAUUUUUUCAGCAGCAAUUUAAACCUGGGGAGAAGAAUGCUCAAGAGCUAACCACAGCGGAUGGUUUAGAAUCAAUGGCUGCUGAAGCAGACAUUCCUGAUUUCACUACAUUGCCCUCUGAAGAACUUGUUGGUACAAUCCAAGAAAUUGCUCAGAAUCCAGACCAUAAUCCUUAUCAGGUUAAUGAAAACUGUGAAAUAAACAUUCAAGAGAAUGCUGCUGAAGAGACUGUUGUCCUCCCACCCUCUGAGAAACCAGAGGGUGGAGAUAACCCCCAAUCACAAGAUCCCAAGUUGUGGGAAGGUGAGUCCCAGUUUGAACUGUUAGACUCUCAGCAGCUGGCAGAAGGACUCGCUCUGUGCGAUGAGUUCCUCCUGAGUCAGUCUCAGACCUCCUGUGGUGGCGGAGAUGAACCCAGAGCGAUAAAGCCUCGCUUGGCUGUUUAUGCCCAACUGCCCACAGAGGACUUCAAGAAAGAUUUGGAAGAGUGUCAGCGGUUGGAGCCCUCAGAUACUGUGAAUCUUGAGCUUGACAACACAACUGAGUUUCGACUGAGCCAAAUUGAUUUUUCACAGGACAGCUUUACAACAUGGGCUGGCGGCAAGAUUAUUGAUGACUGACGCUGCUCCAACGCACUCGAGGUGCCAUUUUGUACAUGAUGAAGAAACAGCCGAUCCCUUUUCUGACACUGAACCGUGCACCAACGGUAGUCUCGACUUUGUGGUGACUGGUGAAGUACUUAUUUUGUCAGAGAGACCUGAACGAAAUCCGCUGACUCUUCGAGGGGAAGGAAAGCCGGUACCUUUUGCAAUGUGUUCGUCUCAUGCGUAUGAAUUGUACUCCCUCCGUUCCAUGUAGGUGAUUUUGGCUUUUCUAGGUUCAUAGAUAUUAUUAUGCAUCUAGACAAACACUAUAUCUAGAUGCAUAGUAAAAAUUAUGUAGCUAAAAAAGCCAAAACGAUCUACAAUUUGGAAAUUUGGAACAGAGGGAGUACUAAAGAACUCAUACCGCCGACUGCUGAGUACGGUUCAAAAUAGCCUUGGUUGCAUGAGCUUGUAAAUUACAAUUGUAAUAUCCUCAUUUUAUUUGACAGUCUCACCGUGAACCAUUUUCUUGUAAAAGCCUGUUUGGAAGACUACUAAUUCUACUAAUUCUAGGAUUUAUUGAGAUUU